UUUCUCGACAUCUUUCAGAGUUCAACGCCGUCGACUUGUUCCUCUCCAACCAGCGAGUCCGGCGACCACCUGUCGAGCUUCUUGUUGAUGUUGGUUCUAGUUCUUGCAGAUUUUUAGCUGCUGAUAAGGGCAUGAAACGGAUCUGCUCGUUUUCAAGUGUUCAGCUUUUCUCUACAAGUUUCAGAGCUUUAGCAGUGCCACGUUCCUUGAAUUAUCCCUUGCAGUCUCUCAAGCGUUCAUCAGUUCGGAUGGAGAUUGGUAACUUAUGCUCUGGUCUGAGAACCGAAACUAGCUCGCAGCCAAGGGGAGCAUUGAUAGUUCUUGAAGGUCUUGAUCGCAGCGGGAAAUCAACGCAAUGCGCUAAGCUUCUCUCUUUCUUGGAGGGUUUAGGACAUCCCACUGAGCUCUGGCGAUUUCCUGAUAGAGAGACCAGUGUUGGUCAGAUGAUAUCCGCAUAUCUCUCUAAUAAGUCUCAGUUAGAUGAUCACACAAUUCACCUCCUUUUCAGUGCCAAUCGAUGGGAGAAAAGAUCAUUGAUGGAGGAAAAGCUUAAAACAGGAACAACACUCAUUGUGGAUCGUUACUCAUAUUCUGGUGUAGCUUUCUCAGCAGCUAAAGGUCUUACUAUUGAUUGGUGUAAGGCGCCGGAAGUUGGAUUGUUGGCUCCAGAUUCAGUACUUUACCUCGACAUUUCACCUGAGAGAGCUGCUGAGAGAGGUGGAUAUGGAGACGAGAGGUAUGAGCGAGUGGAGUUUCAGAAAAAAGUCGCAGACUUUUAUCAAACUCUACGCGAUUCUUCCUGGAAGAGAAUAGAUGCAGGUGAAGCCAUGGAGGAAGUAGAGAAGAAGAUUCAAGAAGUGGUAUUAGAUCAAGUCAAAGAGUGUAGUAAAGGAAAGCCUCUGAAUCUCCUCUGGUCAUCUUAAUGGAUUCUAAUCAAAUCUCCAAGUGUUGUUUUAUUGAGUCAUACAUAGUAAUUUACAAGUUUGUGAUUUUGGAAGGGAAAGUAUAAUUGAAGAAAACCACUAGAGACAUGAUACACUGGUUUGGGCUGUAUAGAAGCCCAUUGAUAGAUCCAUUUUUAUAUUUGCUAGCGUCAGUCAUGACGUCUCCAUCAAUUAUAUUUUCGUGUAAACUAA